AUGAUCGUCACGAAGCCAGUGGACGUGCCGGGCCCAGCGCGGCGGCAGGCGGGCGUGGCGCGCGGGUCUGCCGUGAGCUACGCGUCGGCGUUGCUGCACCGCUCGUCCUGCCAAACCGGAGCUGCUGCCGCGCCCAAGGCCGCCGACCCGCACCCACCCUCACAUCUCGACGCGCUUAGGCCGCAGCCACAGAAGAAGCCCGAGCAGCCAAUGCCGCCGCAGCAGCAGCGGCCGCAGGCGGUACUGCAGUGGCCCUCGCUGGGCCGACAGUCGCAGGAGCCGUCGCAAGCCCAGUCAGCAGCGCAGGGGGCAGUACAGGCUGUGCGACAGGCAGAGUCGCAGGAAGGGUCGCAGGCAGUAGGCCCGCAGCCAGUUAAGAAGCAGCAAGUAAAGGCGUGGGGGCGCAACGCUCCCAGACCGGAAGCGCAGGAGAAAGCGUUGGAACCGCAGCCGCAGCCGCAGCCGCAUCAGCAGAAACAGCAACAGCCGUCGCAGCGACAGCCGCAGCAGUCUCAACCAAAGCCUAAACCCGAGGCACAGCCAUCGCAGCGAGGCGUCGAGCAGGCGAGCGACCACGAGUUCGACUUCGACGACGUCUUCGGCCCGUCGCCCGCAUCUUCCGGGCGGCUGUCGUCUUCCAGCAGCUUCGACUCGUCGCACGACGCGUCGUCCGGUCGCCUGGCGACGGCGAGCGGUCGCAAUCUUCGCACGGUGGCGGAGAUGGACGAGGACGACCUGGCGAGCUGGAUGGCCGACGAGCAGCUCGCGGAUCGCGCGGCGGGCAUGGCGGGCGAGGAGCCGCCGGAGGUGAUCACGCACCGCUCGCACUCGCUCGUGGGACCCGCGCCCAUCACGCCGCGGCAGAGCGUCGCGCGAUCCAGCAGCCGCCGCUCGUCGCUGGACGAACCGGACAGUGCGCGACCGUCGCUGAUGGGAACAUCGCCGUGCGUGCGAUCGAUGGAGUCGCCGAGGAAGGCCGUCGCACGUGUGAUGUUGGAUGCUGGGAUGGCGGCCGAUGGGAGAGAGGGGGCAGCCGCAGCAGCGGCCGAGGCAGGAGCAGGAUCGGAGGGCGGUAGGGACAGUGAUGCGAGGGGCGCGAUGGAGGCGAGGGAGGAGGGGGGAGCGGCGGAGAAGGCGGACAAGGUGGGGCCGGAAGACUUCGAGCUGCUGCGAGUGGUGGGGCAGGGCGCCUUCGGCAAGGUCUUCCAGGUGCAGCACCGGUGGACGGGCGAGAUAUUCGCGAUGAAGGUGAUGAAGAAGCAGCGCAUCCUGGAGCGCAACCAGCGCGACUACAUGCAGGCGGAGCGCGACAUCCUCACCAAGGUCGUGCACCCCUUCGUCGUGCAGCUGCAGUACUCCUUCCAGACGAGCGCAAAGCUGUAUCUGAUUCUCGACUUCAUCAACGGCGGUCACCUCUUCUUCCAGCUCUACCGCCACGGCACCUUCAGUGAGGACUUGGCGCGCAUCUACACGGCGGAGCUGGUGCUGGCCGUGGGGCACCUGCACGCACGGGGCAUCAUGCACCGUGACCUCAAGCCCGAGAACAUCCUGCUCGACUCCGAUGGCCAUAUUAAGCUGACGGACUUUGGGCUGGCGAAGGAGGUGAGGGAGAGCGAUGCGCGGAGCAACUCGCUGUGCGGCACCAUGGAGUACAUGGCGCCCGAGAUCAUCCAGGCGCACGGCCAUGGCUUCCCCGCCGACUGGUGGAGCAUCGGCGUGCUGCUCUUCGAAAUGCUCACCGGGCAGCCACCGUUUUCAGGCGGCAACAGGCAGAAGCUGCAGCAGCGCAUCGUGAAGGAGAAGGUGAAGCUGCCACAGUACCUCACCAGCGAAGCUCACUCGCUGCUCCGCGGGCUGCUCCAGAAGGACCCUGCGAAGCGGCUGGGCAGCGGGGCGCGGGGGGUGGAGGAGAUCCGCGGGCACAAGUGGUUCCGCGGGGUGCACUGGGGGCGCCUGGAGGCGCGCGAGGUGGUGCCGCUGUUCCGCCCCACGGUGAUGGGCGGCAAGCGGUGCACGGCCAACUUUGACGAGAUGUGGACGCAGAUGCCCGUGCACGACUCGCCCGCCGGCACGCCCACCAUGCACGGCGCCGACGCCCUCUUCCGCAACUACACCUUCACCGCCGCGCCGCCCGCCCUCUCCACCGUUGACAGCGACAGCGACGGCGAGGUGGGCAGCGGCGAGUCGGAGGAGAGCGAGGAGGGAGAGGAGGAGGGGGAGGGAUGCGAGGGGGAGGAGCAAGUGGUGGAGAGGCAGUGA